AUGGAGCUCACUCCGAUGUCUAUAUUUACCGCAUGGCUAGGGGUGUUUUCGAUAUCGUUUACGCUCAUCACGAUGGUGCUCGAUUGGCGUCGUCGCGGAACAGCUGAUGGAUUUUCAUCGGUCAAUUUUGUGCUACCAAUGCUGAUGACAUCAUGUUGGUUGAGGCACGGUUAUAUGACGAACGAUAACACAAACAUUACCAUCAACACGAUCAACAUUGCCUUCUUCAUAUUUUACAUAGCGGCUUUUGCCUAUUACCAACCAAAGAGGGUUACCUGUGCUUUACCUUCACACAUGUAUUCAUCUUUUCAGAAACGAGCGAUUUCAUUCGGUCAUACGGAAUACCUACCAGCAUCGUUUCAAUACGCCAUGUUCUUGCUUAUAAUACAGUGGCUUGCAUUUGGUCUACUCACAGGGAACCAGUACAUUGCGAUAGCCAAUGCAGCUGCUCUCAUAGUGAACGUGGUCACAAUAUCGCUAUACUUCAUAUAUCCACCAUUGACGUGGCGUGUCCCCAUUAUCGGUACGGGACCACAACUAAAAGAAAAGAAGAAGGAAUAG